AUGGACAAAGUGGAAAUGAAGUUUUUAGAUUGGUACGUGAAAAUAUCAGCUGCUGGUGCUUUAAUUGGAGCUUCUAUGGAGUUGUUCAUGAUCAAGACUGGCUUCUAUGAUAAGGUUACUGUUCUAGAGUCAGAGAAGCGGGCUUGGGAAAGCUCCCCUGAAGCUCAGGCAAUCAGAGAAGCUCUAAACCCUUGGAGAAACCAAGACACAGAACAAAGAAAAAAUACCUAAUCUUCAUGAUCCAGUCUUGGAGGUUCUUCUUGUCCAAGGCUUGUUUUCUUGAAGAUUCAUCUUGGAGCCUUAUAUGUUUUCCAUAUAAAACAGUGCUAUUACUAAGUGAAGCUGAGAACAUCUAGAACUUAGAAAGGUCCAGGUUUAAACAACAGUUUUAGAACUAAUUUGGCUGCUAGAUUUUCGUUUUCUUAUGUUGGCCAGAUUUAUUUAUUUGUUGGUCAAUUCUUGUCUGUCCAUGGCCCUCAAAACAUAAUUGGCAAUCUUGAGAUUUCCUUGGUAUUUUUUUUCAAGUCACAACAUCAAAACUGGUUAUCGGAGAAAAACAUUCUGCAAGUUCACGGUACUUUUUUAAUUCUAUCUUAUUAUUUGCUCUUA